AUGUCAAACUUACAGCUAGUGUUGAAGCAACUGGAGCCAUGGCGUGAACUAAAAGACAAAGUGGUUCUUGUGACAGGAGCUUCCUCUGGUAUAGGAAGAGAGAUCUGUCUUGAUUUAGGCAAAGCUGGCUGCAAGAUUAUCGCAGCUGCUCGCCGUGUCGAUCUCCUCAACUCUCUCUGCUCUGAAAUCAACAGCUUCGGUUCAACCGGAACCAACAACCAACCCGCAGCUCUCGAGCCAGACGUUUCAUCGGACGCAGCCACAAUUCAAAAAGCGGUUAAGGAAGCUUGGCAAGUCUUUGGAAAGAUCGAUGCGUUGAUCAACAACGCCGGAAUCACAGGCAGUGUCAAGUCGAGUUUGGAUUUGUGUGAGGACGAGUGGGACAAUGUGUUCAGGACCAACUUAACCGGACCUUGGUUAAUCUCAAAAUACGUCUGCGUUCUAAUGCGAGACUGUAAACUUAGUGGCUCGGUGAUUAACAUCUCAUCAAUCUCAGGGCUCAACAGAACUAUAGUGCCUUGUGCACUCGCUUACAAUUGUUCUAAAGCCAGUGUUCACACCAUGACGAGGAUGAUGGCUAUUGAGUUAGGUGUUUACAAUAUCAGAGUGAACUCGAUCGCACCGGGGCUUUUCAAGUCAGAGAUUACUCAAAGUCUUUUGCAGAAAGUGUGGUUCAAGAACGUUGUUGAGCGUAUUAUCCCUUUAAAGAAGCCACAGGCCGUGGAUCCGGGGCUUACCUCUCUCGUUCGCUAUCUUAUUCAUGACUCUUCUCAAUAUGUCUCUGCCUAUUUUCUCUUCUCUAUGAGCCCAAAAUCUUGUGUGUUUUGUAAUAAGUGA